CGAUCAGUAGUUCAGUACAGAGCGACCGAGAGAGAAAGAAGAAAGAGAGAGAGCGAUCAGAUGUCUUCCAUUUUCUGAACUUGUUCUUCUUCAUCUCUCCAUCUCUCUGUAUGUAGCCAUUUUUCGGUUUGUAUUUGUACUCCAAUCUCAAUCUCUCUUCAAAUUUCCAUAAACCGAUCCAAAUUUGAAAAGUUCCGAGGUAAUUUUGUUGAGAUCGAAAUUAACUACUCAUGGAGUCGCCGGAGAUCGGUAUGUCGGCUGGUAUUGUUAUGGAGUUUCCGGCGAACGAUGAUGUGGCUUCGUCUCCUUCAAGGAUUCCUCGGAGGCUUCGGAGGAGGCUUCUGGAGACCAAAUCGUCAUCUCCGUCCUCUGUUGAGGAAAUUGAAGCGAAGCUUCGAGAUGCAGAUCUUCGUAGAAACAAUUACUAUAAAGAAUUGUCAAGUAAGGCUCGCUUAAAACCAAGAAGCCCCUCAAAAUCAUUUUUUAGUGAAGAUGACCCUAGUCAGCGUCUUGAGGCUAAGCUACAGGCUGCUGAACAGAAGAGGUUGAGCAUAUUGGCAAAUGCUAGGAUGCGCCUAACUAAGAUGGACGAGUUGCGGCAAGCUGCCAGAACUGGAGUUGAAUUACGUUGUGAGAAGGAACGUGCUGAACUUGUCACCAAAGUGGAAUCACGCGUUCAGCAAGCAGAGGCUAACAGACUGCUUUUACUCAAAGCUGACAGGCAGAAGAGGGCUACACUUAAUGAGAGGACUUCUCGUUCACUGUUACAAAGGAUAACCCAUGAGAACAGAUACAAGGAAUGUGUACAUGCAGCAAUCCUCCAUAAGCGUGCAUCUGCUGAGACUAAGCGAUUAAGGCUGCUGGAUGCUGAAAAGAAGAGGGCGGUAAUUAGGAUGCAGAAAGUGCAAAAGGCAACAAAAUCUGUCCUUCAACACCAUGAGGCUGUAAGGAGAAGCAUGAAGGACUCACUUGAUAACAGGUUGCAAAAGGCAAAGAGACAAAGAGCUGAAUUUUUAAGGCAGAGGAGGGUAAGGCAUGACAGUUCGGUUAAUCUUCAAUGGAAUAAAAUGCAUGAGCAGGCUGAUUACCUUCCCAAACAAUUAGCAUUUUAUCAUUUAUGUAGGUGCUGGAGACGUUUCCUGAAAACAAACAAAACUACCUUCAAUUUGGUAAAAGCAUAUGAAGCUUUGAAUAUCAAAGAGAAAACUGUCAAGAAUAUACCAUUUGAGAAGUUUGCUUACCUUAUCGACACACCUACUACUCUUCAAACUGUUAGAAGCUUACUUGAACGUCUUGAAAUUCGUUAUAAAAUAUCAAAGUCUCUUGCAACUACAAGCCCUUCCAGGUGGAAUGACAUUCAGUAUCUUCUUAAGGGGGUUGUUUCUCCAAAAGAGAGGAAUAAAUUUGAGUCCACCAAAGAAAUAGGCAAAGCCUCAGUCGCGUUGUCAAGGUACCAAGUGAGAAUUGUACUUUGUGCAUAUAUGAUCUUGUGUCAUCCAGGUGCAGUUUUCAGUGAUAAAGGAGAGCGUGAAAUUGCUCUGGCAAAUGCUGCAGAAACAUUUGUUAAGGAGUUUGAUUUUCUGAUCCAAAUAAUGCUUGGUGGACCUAUUGUGAAUUCAGAUGAAGGUUAUGAUCCCGUGCUCUCAAAAAGAUUGACUUUCAGAUCUCAGCUGGCUGCUUUUGAUGCUGCAUGGUGUUCAUACUUGAAAAGCUUUGUGGUGUGGAAGAUAAAAGAUGUUAAACUGUUGGAGGAAAAUUUGGUAAAAGCUGCUUGCCAACUUGAGCUCUCUAAAAUUCGAACUCGCAAACUGGUGGGAAAUGAAGAAGCUGGUGAACUUACUCCGGAUAUCAAAGCCAUCCAAAAUCAGGCCAAUGAAGAUCAGAAACUUUUGAAACAAAAUCUGCAUUAUCUGUGUGGAGAUGCUGGUAUUGAACGUAUGGAAUCUGCGCUUUCUAACACACGCAUGGAAUAUUUUAAUGCAAAACAGAAUGGAAGUCAUGCUGUGUCACCAAUCAAAAAAAAGUUAUCAUCCAACAUCCCAUGUUCUUCUUCUUCUUCUCUGCACUCCUCACCAAAUCCAGAUAAAGAAGUAAAUCUGGGUAAGGGUGGUGAUCAGACUCCAAGCUGUGCAGUUCACUCUUUGUUUAAGGAUGACUCCACUUCUCAUUCCAAAGAAGGCUUGUUUAUUCCUCAUAGCAGCUUAAACAAGCAAUCACAUGGGGAGCUGGCUAUGGAGAAUGAGAUGAUUGUCAAUGAAAUGAUUCAUGAACAGGGUUCUGUAUUUGCUGAUGAGCUCCAUCACCCUGAUGAAGACCGGAAUCAAUUGAAGGACUUGAUAAAAGAAACAAUGGAGAAGGCUUUCUGGGAUUGUGUACUUGAAUCAAUGAAAGAGGAGAAGGCUAACAAUAACAGAGUUGUUCAACUACUAAGGGAGGUUAGGGAUGAAAUUUGUGGCAUGGCUCCUCGCAGCUGGAAGGAGGAAAUUUGUGAAGCGAUUGAUGUAGACGUUUUCUCUCAGGUGUUGGAUUCUGGUGAACUAGACAUGGAUUAUCUUGGGAGAAUUCUUGAGUAUGCAUUAACUGUUCUGAGGAAACUUUCAGCUCCAGCUGAUGAAGAUAAUCUGAAGACAGAGCAUCAGAAACUAUUGACCGAAUUAGCUGAAAUCUGUCAAAUUGGAGACAGGACAAACAAUUAUAUUAUAGCAUUGGUUAAAGGUCUCCGUUUUGUGCUCCAACAAAUACAGGCACUUAAACAAGAAAUUAGCAAAGCGCGAAUAAGACUAAUGGAGCCAGUUCUCAAGGGGCCUGCUGGUCUGGAGUACUUAAAGAAGGCUUUUGGCAAUCGUUAUGGACCUCCAUCUGAUGCGUUGACAAAUUUGCCCUUGACUUUGGAAUGGAUCUCAUCCGUUUGGAAUACCAAAGAUGAGGAGUGGGCUGAACACACAAAUUGUGUUCUCGGAUUGGCUCAGUAUCGAUCAACAGAUUUCCCAUCGGUCACACUUAGAACUGGUGGAAAUAACUUGGCAACUCCAAUCCUUUCUACAUCUGCAACUGAUACAGAUGAUAAAGUUGCAGAAUGCUGCACGGGUGAGAAGAUUGAUUUGUCGGUUAGGCUUGGGCUGUUAAAGCUAGUGAGCGGUGUUACAAGUCUAACGGAAGAAUCUUUACCUGAAACUAUGAAGCUAAAUCUUUUAAGGCUUAGAAAAGUUCAGGCUCGAUUCCAAACUAUUGUUGUAACCUCGACCAGCAUGUUAGUAAUGCGGCAAAUCAUGCAUGGUAAUGGAAUAACAACAUCCAACAAGGAGAUAGACAUGGACAAAUUGUUGUUAAGUUGUGUUAAGGAACUCAUAAAACUUCUCAAGAAAGUUUCAAACACUGGUAUCAAAGAAAUCGUGGAAAUCCUCUUUAAAUACGUUGAGACUAGUUGUAACGACGACAACGGCAGGUCAUCAAUUAAGAACGUAAUGACUAGUAUGUUGAAGAAAAGCCUCCAAUCUGGGGACCCAGUUUUUAAUAGGGUUUUGAGAGCUGUUUAUUUGGCUGCAAGAGGAGGCGCCUUUGUAGGAGGAUCUAAUGGGAGGGAGUUGGCUGCAAUGGCUAUGAAACCGAUUGGUGCAGUUUUCAUGGUCUGUGAGGUGAUGGCAAUGGCCAAAGGAAUAUCGGUUAUGGCUAGGGUUUCCAGGAAUCUACAUAGCUCAUGGUAUGUUGAAAUGACCAAGAACAUGUCAAACAAUUAAUUGUCUAUAUAUAGAUUGCCUUUUAUUUGUUUGUUAAUUUACUUAAUUAGUUUUGUUUGGAA